AUGGAGUCUGUCGAAGACCGAGUGCAAGAUUUCUGCGACGCCCUGGAUCACAUGGCUAAUAUGGAGGAGAAGCGAGCACAGAUACGCAUAACGUUCUCCGAAAUCCGGGAAAAGACCAAUAUGUUGAUGAUUACUCGGCAGGAGAGCGUGGUUUGGGAGGAGUGGACUAUACGUACCCAGCUCCUCAUGCCCAGAACCGAUACAGAACGUCGUGAUAUGAAACGGCAAGUGGAAGAGCAGAUUCUAAAGAAUACGGAACGGAUAAUCCACGCUUGCAAUUCUAAAUAUAAUCACAUCCCGAGGGUGCCUAACUCCAGCCUAUUCCCAUUUCCCUUUGAGAUAACACUUCCGAAGAAUAAAGGGAGGUGGGGUGGAGGUCUCGACUACUAUCGCAAAAUUGUGAACGAAUCGGGAGGAGCCAAUCCCUCUGGAUCAUAG